AUGUCUCAGGAUCCUCUUAGUCGUGCAGAAACGGGGGAUCUGUCCAAGUUUUCACGACUCGAGGCUUCCCUUGUAAAUGCUGCCGUUGAACCACGCCCGAACUCAAGAUCACAGAACGACGUCGACCGACAUGCCCAAAAAUCCGAUCUCGGCGUCAAUGAACUAGAAUUUGAUUUUGAAGUUGACAUCAACCACUAUCCAUUAGGAAAUCUCCACUCUCUUCAACAGGUUUUUGACGCCGUUCAGUACAACCACCAUCUGCAGAAUGGAGGUAAUUUUUCCUCGGAAACCCGUAUAAAAUGUCUCCAGGUCGACUCACAAGGUGGAGAUUGGCAAACAUUAGACCAGAAGGACAUGGGCAAUCUUCUGCAACAAUCCAACUCCUCAAAAGGACGCAAAAUGCUAGUUUUUUUCGUGCCUCUGGUACCCGCCGAAGGGACUUCAUUUGGGUCGCGGGCUUUGAUAACCCGGGAGAAUGCAAAUGAUCUUAUGAAGACCUUGAAGAUCAACCCAGCCUUUCUCCUCAACCUGAUUGGCAGACCUGAUUACUGGGCACCUCAGAAGCACAUGGAAGCAGACCAUAAUGGGAGCUUGGUGGCUUGCGAUUUGUUCUGCCAACACCCUCGCUGGAAUCUCCACGUCCAAGGAUCUCCCACGUCAGUUUACAUGCGGUAUGAUGUUAGACGCGACUUGACAACGUACAUCAUUUCACACAAGGAGUCUGAUACGUCCAUCAAGACACUCCAUUCUCUUCUAAAUAUUGCACUCAACACCGCCUCAGAUACCCAGAAGACCGCUGUCUUUAUGGACGACCCCUUCGAUAUACAUGUCAUUCUAUCCAAUCUCUCCUUUGAAGCUUCAAAAUACCACGUCAAGAGAUUCCAGCGAUUCAUGUGGACACAAAUCAACAAAGUCGAUGACCACCUCGCUGGCCUCGAGACUAGCGAUCGAGCAAAGCUCGGGGAGCUUACUAAACAACUCCAGAUCAUCUCAAAAAAUGCAGACUCGCAUAUUGCAAAUGCGGAUGUGGCCAUAAUCACAGCCACAGCUAUCCGCGAUGUCCACUACCGCCUCAUCACCUCGCUUCCGCGUUCCAAUCCCUUCAUCCUACAGCGAGUGGAGGAUUCGAUAUCCUAUGUUAUCGCCUCAAUGGAGAAGCAAAAGAUUUGGUUUCUGAACUACAAGCAACGCAAAGACAGCACGAUGUCUCUGGUCUACAAUCUCGUGACACAGCAGGAUGCGGCGAAUAAUAUUCAAAUCUCGCACAGCAUGAAGCAAGACUCAACAUCUAUGAAUGCGAUUGCCGCUCUGACUAUGGUCUUUUUACCGGGUACGUUUGCUGGCACGCUCGUUGGUGCUGGUGUAUUCGGAGGAGCGAUUCAAGAAAAGGUGUGGCUUAUUUGGGCCGCCAUUACCAUUCCUCUGACAUUGCUGGUAAUGUUAUGCUGGUGGCUAUAUCAGAAGACAAAGCAUCCCAUGGUUUUUGGGACGUCCAUUUUACGUGGUAAAGAAAGGACUGAGCCACAAGAUAUGAGACCUAGGCGGUUUAGCGCAUUUUCCUUUCGGAGUGGGAAGAGUGCGAGGACGGAGAAGGACAUAUAA